AUGUCGCAGCGCAUGAGCUUGGCGCGUUCGCGCGCGUCGAUGGCGCCGGGCAGCGUUCCGAGCUCGGUCUCGGCGCGCCUGGCUGCGAAGCAGGCGGAGCUACAGGCGUUGCAGCAGCUCCGAGCCGAGUCCGCGCAGCUCACGCAGGAGCUCGCUCGUCUCAGUGAGCGUGUGGACACGCUCGUGUGUGGCGGGCAGUCGGUGGCGUCGGUCAUGGCGAGCUGGCAGGGUGUGUUCCGUGCGAUUCACAUUGCGCAAGCUGCGAUGCACCCGGACGACGAUACGUCGCGGACGGUGCCAGAGGCCCUUGUGCGCAUACCUAUGCACCACGCUACAUAA